GGUUCCCAGUGACUGUGUGUCCUUGACAGAUACAACGGCUGGCAUUUCCCUGUGCGAAAGGUGGACUAUCGCUGUCUUCUCUGCUCAUUUUAUGCUCUGGGAACUGUAAGGGCUAACCCCUAGAAACUAUGGCUUUCCUACUGAAGACUAUGGUAGGGAAUCCUAUGAAGAGUUUUGGGCUUGGUGGAUCCAGUGAAGAGAAGAAAGAGGGUGAGGGUGAAGCCACUGACCCGGCGGCAGCGGCAGGAAUGACUCGGGAAGAGUUUGAAGAGUAUCAGAGGCAGCUGGUGGAGGAGAAGAUGGAGAGAGAUGCACAGUUUGUCCAAAAGAAAGCAGAGAGAGCUACGUUAAGGCUCCACAUGAGGGAAAAAUAUAGACUUCCAAAGAGUGAGAAGGAUGAGAACCAGAUCCAGAUGGCGGGCGACGACAUUGACUUACCGGAGGAUCUCCAGAAAAUGGUGGCUGAAGAUCAGGAUGAAGAAGAAGAAAAGGGCUCAAUAUUGGGGCAAAUCCAAAACCUUCAAAACAUGGACAUGGACACCAUUAAAGAGAAGGCGACGGCCACGUUUACGGAAAUGAAACAGGCGGCUGAGGAGAAAUGUGCCCUUAUGUGAUCCCCCCGCUCCCGCUGUAUCUGGCUGACUGCACCCCCUGUAUAUGGCUGACUGCACCCCCUGUAUAUGGCUGACUGCACCCCCUGUAUAUGGCUGACUGCACCCCCUGUAUAUGGCUGACUGCACCCCCUGUAUAUGGCUGACUGCACCCCUCUGUAUAUGGCUGACGGCACCCCUCUGUAUAUGGCUGACUGCACCCCUCUGUAUAUGGCUGACUGCACCCCUCUGUAUAUGGCUGACGGCACCCCUCUGUAGCACUAUAUUGUUUCCUACAUCACAAAGAACAAUACAAAGGAGGGGAAGAUACACCAGAAACUGUCAGAGAAGAUGGAAAAGAAAGGCAAAGACUGCUUUAAUAAAAUCCUGCUGGCUCCUUCGGUUUGGUUUGCUACCCAUGUGGGUAUUUUACACAAUAUGGAGGACAAACGCAAUAAUGUUAUAAUAAUAUCUUGUAAAUACUAUUGUUAUGAAACACAAGAGUGGUGAAUAUUGUCUAAAUUAUAUCCUUAUAAACACUACUACACUUA